CCUUCAACAAGCCAAUAUCAGAAAAUGGUUUUAAAGAAUCAAACAAUCUUGAAAAUAAUUAUGUGAUAUUACUUCAAAAGUCUAUUAAAGUGAUUGGUUCUUAUUGGAUCUGAAUAAAGAAGUGAAAUAUUAUGAAAGAUAGACUUUGAUGAGCUAAAGAGUCAAAGUUAGAAAUUCAAUAACGACAAUUGGAUAGAUUAAUUGAGCAGUUUAGCACUUGCUAUUGGUUUGGCCAUAUUGGCACCAGGGAAUAUUCAUGCACUCUUUGACUUAAAAUCUAGUAUAAAAUAAGGAUUUAAGCUGGUAACAUGAAGGUCUUUGUUAUUUUCUGCAUUCUACUGGGUCACGUCUCCAUCAGUGUGAGUCGUGUUGAGCACCAGCGAGUGGAUUUUGACAACAAGUUGAAGCAGAUGAGCAGAGAGGAACAAUGUGGAUGCAACUGCAUGCAGGGUCAACCAGGGGUCAAUGGACAACCAGGUGUGCAUGGGGUGCCUGGAGAAAGGGGCCUAGAUGGACGUGAUGGCAGGAAAGGGGACCAGGGAGAACCAGGAAAACUCGGUCCUAAAGGUCCUCCAGGUCUGCCAGGAAAAGAUGGUCCCAAGGGCCCUUCAGGUCGCAAGGGAAAGCGUGGAGUAGAUGGCAAGUCAGGAGUUGAUGGUCCCAAAGGACAGAAAGGUGAAAUGGGACCCAGGGGAUUACUAGGCCCCAGGGGUCACAAAGGAGAGAAGGGAGAGCUUCCCAAUCAUGUUGCAUUCUCUGUUGCGAGAGCCUCCAAACUCGGACCAGUUGAACAAGAUAUGACUGUCCUCUUUGAUCGUGUCUUCACAAAUGUUGGCGAAAUGUUUGAUGAAUAUACAUCACAUUUUGUGUGUAAAUUAAACGGCACAUACAUGUUCACGACACAUAUCUUAGGACAAGAAGAUAAAGAUGCAAUCGCAUGGUUAAUGGUUAACAACAAACAUCAGCUCCCCCUACAUGCAGAUGGGCGCUCAGGAUACGGCACUGGCUCGAACACAAUCAUCCUGACCCUAAAGCUGGAUGAUCACGUCUGGUUACAAUUAAGCAAAAACUCAGCGCUUCUUAAUGACUACUCCACCUUCUCUGGUUUCUUACUGUUCAGUAGUUCUGUACCCAAAGAAGUGGAGGACCCAAUGGAACACUUCUAUAGGUGGUAAUAAUUAAUAAUGCAGCUCGAGCAUAUCGUUUUUACAUUGUAUUCCUGAACAGUUACAUUAUAUACCUGUACAAUACCUUGAUGGAUCAAGGAUCAAGAUGCAGCAUAUAAAUGUGGAUUGUCAACUUACAGGUGAUAAUACUCCAAUAAAAUCAUGCACUUUCAAUCUUACUCAUAAUACUGCCUCCAUUUUCUGAAUGGGGAAUGGAGCUAUUAAUGAGAGAGAAAAAUAAGAAGGGGGACAAUCAUUGUGGUACUGAGAAACGUUGAUGUGUAUCAUUUACAAACAUGUUCAUGCACAAAUAUAUUAUUAUAUACAUUUUGUGGUAGACAUUUAAAAUAUAUAUACAACUGUAUCUCUCAACUACAUGUAUAUUCUUCUAACCAGUAAAGUACUAUGUAUAUCAAGAAUAUCACUACAAGUCUUAACACAUGAAUAAAGGAUUUCCCUGAAGUAAAAGAAUGUACUAAUUUGGAAUUUUAGAAAACAGAUAGUUAUGACAAGGAAUGAUAU